AUGGCUGCUCUUCAUUCUAGUGUGGCACGCGCCAACUCUUCUAUUCCCUCCGCAUUUGCGGUAUACAACACCAGCUUCUUAGACAUCAUCGGUCAUGCCCCGAAGCUAGACCUCCUGGUCGAGAACAAUGACUACCCUUUCGCCCACGAAGCCAGUGUGUACAUCCCGACCUCGGAUGAGCUCUUCAUGUCAAGCAACAUGUUCACCGACCCGGCGACCAACAAGACCACCAUCAAGGUUUCCAAGGUUAGUUUGAGCAAGCACCCGCUCACAGCGGAGAUCGUCAAUACCACCGUUCCCAUGCCGAAUGGCGGAAUCAACCACGACAAUGGAAUAGUCUGGACUGCCCAGGGUGGUAUGAACGAUACAGGAGGCCUAUUCCAGAUGUCUGCUACGCCGCCUUAUAACACGACUCUCCUACUGAGCACGUUCUACGGCCGCCAGUUCAACUCGCUCAACGACGUUGCUGUCAGUGACGAUGGCUCGAUCUGGUUCACCGACCCGGAAUACGGCUGGCACCAGGGUAUCCGUCCCAAGCCUAAGCUUCCCAACCAAGUCUAUCGCUAUGACCCUGCCACCAAGGACGUGCGUGUCGUUGCUGAUGGCUUCGGGCGUCCUAAUGGUAUUGCUUUCUCGCCUGAUCAAAAGGUGGUGUACAUUACCGACACGGCGGAGACGGUGGGUGAUGGCUCGAAGGAUAACUCCUUACCUGCUGCUAUUUAUGCCUUCGAUGUGACCACUUCGCAUGGCCAGCCAUUCUUGAGCAACCGCCGCUUCUUCGCUAUGCCUGGUGAGGGUAUCCCUGAUGGAAUCAAGGUGGAUAUCGAUGGCAAUGUGUAUGCCGGCUGUGGUGACGGUGUGAAUGUGUGGUCUCCUGGCGGUGUUCUGCUCGGCAAGAUUCUUGUCAAGGAUGGCGCUUCAAACUUUUCGUUUGGCCUUGAUGGUCGGAUGUUCAUUCUCAACGAGAACAAGCUCUACGCGGCCCAGUUGAACCGCCGAGUUCAAGGCACUCUUGUGAAGUCCCGAGGCUAG